UUGAAAUACUGGAAUCGUUCUGUAUAGAUCAUGUGCAGUUGUUUGUGCUGGACAGACCGUGUAGCGGAAAUAUGAUUUGUUUUAACCACUGUCCACUGCUUUGUACGUGUAAUUUAAAAGAUUUUAAUCAGUUAAGUGUAGUGGUAAUGUUUUAAAAACAUGCGGUCGUUAAGUUAUGUUCAGAGAGUGAGUUUAGACUUCACAGGAACACUCUUCCCUCACGCCAUCUGUCUUGGAGAUGCAGAUAACGACUCUUUGAAUGAGCUGGUGGUGGGUGACACAAGUGGGAAGCUGUACAUCUAUAAAAGUGAUGACUGUAAGCCCUGGAUUACUCGAACAUGUGUGGGCAUGUUAACCUGUGUGGGAGUAGGGGACGUCUGCAAUAAAGGCAGGAACUUUGUUGUGGCUGUGGGUGCAGAGGGCUGGUUUCACCUGUUCGACAUUAGUGCUGCUGUAGCCAAGUCAGACUCUUCAAGCCAGCAGGAUGGUUCUAUUGGUGACGAGCAGAAGCCCAGUUUUACCCAGCACAUCCCUGCCAACACCAAAGUCAUGCUCAUCAGUGAUAUCGAUGGGGACGGACGCUGUGAGCUUGUUGUUGGCUACACGGACCGGGUGGUGCGGGCAUUCCGUUGGGAGGAGCCCUCCGAUGCUUCAGACGUGAGCUGUGGCCAGCUGGUCUUACUGAAGAAGUGGCUUCUGGAGGGUCAGGUUGACAGUCUUUCGGUUAACCCAAGUCCAGAGGGUCUACCUGAGCUCAUGGUGUCCCAGCCCGGCUGUGGUUAUGCUAUUCUGACGUGCUCUUGGACACAAGAUGGCACUGCAGACUCUGGGGAUGAAAGCACAGCCACUCCUAGCAGGGAAGGUCACUCCAGAGAUGUCAUCCCUCAUCUUACCACUGGACGCAUCCAUAACAAGAACGUGUCCACUCAUUUGAUUGGCAGCAUUAGCAGAGGUUCAAAGGAUGACUCCUCUAAAUGUGGCCUAUUUGCUCUUUGCACUCUAGACGGGACCCUAAAACUCAUGGACAGCUCUGAGACGCUCUUGUGGUCCGUACAGGUGGAUCACCAGCUGUUUGCUCUUCAGAAGCUGGAUGUUACUGGUGAUGGCAGAGAGGAAGUGGUGGCCUGUGCCUGGGAUGGCCAGACUUACAUCAUUGAUCAUACACGUAUGGUGGUCCGCUUCCAGUUUGAUGAAAAUGUGAACGCAUUCUGUGCUGGGCAGUAUGCAUGUAAGGAUGGAAGGAACAGCCCCUGCUUGGUCUAUGUGAGUUUUAACCAUAAGAUCUAUGUGUACUGGAGGGUGGAGCUGGACAGAAUGGAGCCCACCAACCUGCUGAGUGUGCUGGAAGAGAGGCCUGAUUAUACAGCCCUUCUUCACAGACUGGGAGUGGAUAUCAGUGACACAGUAGCUGUUCGGAAACUCAUUGGAGACGUGCUUUAUGGAAACAUACAGAGGGAUGACAGAGAAUGACUCGACUCCUUUGAACACAGCUUCUCUUUUCUGUAAAUAGUCUUUUAAUAAAACAGCAUCCAACUGUUUCCUCAUUGUUUUUUUGUGUCAUUUAUCACUAUCUAAAUAGUUUUUUUCCCCAUACUUAUGGUUGAUGUGAACAUUAACUGAAGCUCCAGACCUGUAUCUGCAUGAUUUUAUGCAUUGCACUGCUGCCACACAAUUGGCUGAUUAGAUAAUCGCAUGAAUAAGUAGGUGGACAGGUGUUCUUAAUAGACCUUUUUCACGGACUGUGAUGACACGUUUCCGCCUUAUUUAGCAGCGUAAAUCUAGCGAACUUUUUUAUAUUAGCAAUUUUUUAAAUAUUGAGUGUAAAUGUAUAACAUCAUGCUUUGUGUUGUAUUACCCUGAAAAAAAAAAAGUCACCACAGCUAUAUAUAUAUAUUACAUACAUACAGUUGUGGCCAAAAAUAUUGGCACCCUUGGUAAAUAUGAGCAAAGAAGGUUGUGGAAAAAAAAAUCUGCAUUAUCCUUUUCAUCUUUCAUUCAAAGAAAUCACAAAAAUCUAACCUUUAAUUGAAGUAAAACAAUUGAAACAGGGGAAAUAUCUCAUUAUUAAAUAAAUAUUUUUCUCCAAAGCAUUGGCCAUAAUUAUUGGCACCCAUUUAUUCAAUACUUUUUGCAGCCUCCCUUUGCCAAGAUAACAGCUCUGAGUCUUCUCUUAUAAUGCCUGAUGAGGUUGGAGAACACCUGGCAAGGGAUCUGAGACCAUUCCUCCAUACAGAAUCUCUACAGGUCCUUCAAAUUCAUGUUGGUGGACUCUCCUCUUCAGUUCACCCCACAUGUUUUCUAUGGGGUUCAGGUGAGGGGACUGGGAUGGCCAUGGCAGAACUUUGAUUUUGUGGUCAGUGAACCAUUUUUGUGUUGAUUUUGAUGUUUGUUUUGGCUCAUUGUCUUGCUGGAAGAUCCAACCAGGGCCCAUUUUUGAUUUUUUUAUCUGUUGGUAUUUGAUAGAGUCCGUGAUGCCAUGUAUCCAAACAAGAUGUCCAGGAUCUCUGGCAGAAAAACAGCCCCACAACAUUAAAGAUCCAGCACCACAUUUAACCUUGGGCAUUGGGUACUUCAUCUCUGUGUGCGCCAAACCCAUCACUGGUGUUUGCUGCUAAAAAGCUCUCUUUUUUUUUUUUUUUUUUUUUUUUGGUUUCAUCUGAACAUAGAACCCGGUCGCAUUUGAAGCUCCAGUAGUGUCUGGCAAACUGAAGACGCUUGAGUUUGCUGUUGGAUGAGAGCAGAGGCUUUUUUCUUGAAACCCUCCCAAACAACUUGUGGUGAUUUAGGUGAUGUCUGAUAAUUUUUUGAGACUUUCUGACCCUAAGACCCAACUAAUUACAAUUCUCCAGCUGUGAUCCUUGGAGAUUCUUUGGCCACUUGAACCAUCCUCCUCACUGUGUGUGGAGACAAUAUAGACACACGUCCUUUUCCAGGCUGAUUCUUAAGAUCUCCAGUUGAUUGGAACUUGUUAAUUAUUGCCCUGAUGGGGGAAGUGGGCAUUUGCAAUGCUUUGACUAUUUUCUUAUAGCCACUUACCAUUUUGUGAAGCUCAACAACCUUUUGCCGCAUAUCAGAACUAUAUUCUUUAGUCUAACCCACUGUGAUUGAUGAUUAAGGGAGUUUGGCCUGUGUGUUACCUUGUGUUAUAUUUAUACUGCUGGGAAACAGGAAGUCAUGGCUGAACAAUUUCAUGUUCCUAGUCACCCAGGUGUACUAAACAAAUGUAAAAUAUGAAUGGAAAUAUACUACAGAUAUAUUUUACUAGGGGUGCCAAAAAUUUGUGGCCAUCGUGUUUUGGAGAAAAAAUUUUUUAGUAAUGAGGUAUUUCCCCUCUUUCAGUUGUUUUAUUUCAAUUAAAGAUUUGAUUGUGAAUUUUUUGAAUGAAAUAUAAAAAGGAUAAGCAAUGCAGAUUUUUUUUCACAGCCUUCUUUGCUCAUUUACCAGCUCAUAUUUUUUGGCCACCACUGUAUAUAUAUAUAUAUAUAUAUAUAUAUAUAUAUAUAUAUAUAUAUAUAUAUAUAUAUAUAUA